AUGGAGAAGACGAGACAAGUCCUCUUGUGUAUGGUCGUGGCAUUCUCCCUCGCCACCCACAUCGGCACCACCCUCGGGUAUGGAGCUUUCGGAGGACGCGCACAUCUUGUGGGUCGAGAUGGGUUGUGUUUACAGACAGCGCCGCUUUCCAUAUAUUACACUCCAACUAAAUUAACAGACUGCGAUGAAUCGGACUCGGACCAAUUAUGGGCGAUCGUUGAUGAUGGCACAAUUCGGGGAGAUAAUGAUAGAAAUUGUUUGGUUCCUCAUAGUCGGGGUAUUAAACCCAUUGGAACCAACGUCGUACUAGUAGACUGUACGAAAGAGAUAAGAAGCGAUAUGAAAUGGACCAAAACGAACGACGGUACCAUACGUCAUGACGAGUCGGGGCUCGUCUUGACGGGGAAACAAGGCCAGUAUGUGUCGUUGGAAGUCGAUGAAGGUGCGCCGUCACAGGGCUGGGAAGCCACGGAAAGGCCCUACCCAAAGGUGGCCAACAUCAAGUGGCAUAACAACUUGUGUUUACAAUUUGGAGAUGGUGAAUUUUCGUUGGGGCUGAGUGCGUGUAGUAGCAAAUAUAAUAAGAGCCAGCGAUGGGUGCUGUAUGGGGAUGGCACCAUUCGAGGCAAUGGCGAUAGCAAUGUCUGCUUGACUUCGCUUUUAAGCUCUUCGGUGGUUGUGUCUAAGUGCGCAGACAUGCCACAACAGCGUUGGGGGCUUGCAGCGGACAACACCAUCGGCCAUCCCAACACCAACUUGGUCAUGGAUGCGCGUACGUUUGUGCGUCUCUCGCCACUCAUCCUGGUUGCCAAGCGCACUGGGACUUAUAGCCAACAAUGGAUCGUUUAUUGA